AUGGAGGAAGGCUCCGAGAGGUCAUAUAACGAACUCCUGCAGCUGCUGCAGCAGCAGCAGAACCCCGAUGUCCUGCUGCAAGUUUUACAGCUGCUGCUCCAGUGCAGCUCUGACGCCGAUUUCAUUCGGUUUCUCAUGGAAGGCUUCUCUGCCAGCAGAUAUGGCCAGAAACAACAGCAGCAGCAACAACAACAACAGCAGCCGCAGCGGCGGGAUCCCGUCUUCAGCGGGGUGCGUCGCCUUCUGCGUCUUAUUGGCACCGGAGACGGUCGCCUCUCUGCUAUGAGCACCGAAGUCCUGAUCAAUUUGACUGCCAAUGAAACCCUCGCUGCCCUCAUGCUGGAGGAGUACAAGGACAUGACGAGCGUGCUGAUGGGAAACCUGAAGCAGCAACAACAGCAGCAGCAGAGGCAGAAACAGCAACAACGUGACGAAGAUGCUGUUCCCCUGCAUAUUGGCGUCACCCUGAUGCUGCUGUCAAAUGUCACGCGCCACAAAGCAGCAAUUGACGCUGUCUUCUCUCCUCAACUACCAGUACCUGGUUCGCGCAUGCACCACCUGCACACCCAUGAUUAUCACUUGCUGCCCUGUUUGCUGCUUCUUCACGAGGCCCCACGAGACGCCGAAAGUGCCUAUUGGAAAGAGCAGGGUUUAUUUCUACUGCACAUCCUGCGCAAUGUUACGGCCAACGACGAGGCAGUCGAGUUCCUGCUGCGCCGCAGGAUGAAGACUGUGAAUAAACUCAUGGACCUAUUGAGGUACUUGCCUCCUCUUUGUCAGGCACCAUUCCUGUUGCUGGCAUUGAGACUCGCCUGUCGCGAGCAGCUGCACCCUUUACUGCUGCCUGUAGACCCCAACCAGCUGCAGCAAAAGGUAGAGCAGCAGUACAGUCAGGAGCUGCAGCAGCAGCACCAAGGCGAGCAGCUGCUGUCGCCAGAGGAAGAUUGCCGGCUUUUACUGGCCCUCUGUUGCUUCCUGUAUCCCAAACCAGACAGUGUCCAACGCACAAAGGCACGAGAUGAACUGACAACUCAAGAUGCAGAAGAAGACAAGCAGCGGCAGCAGGAGCAGCAGCAACAACAGCAUACGGGCAUCACAGAACGACAGCGUCUGCGCUUUUUGCACCCUACCGUUGAUAGUUGCAGCUACGGCCCCGCCGCUUCUGCGAAGGGCCGCAGUCUGGCGGUGGACUGUCUGGCGGCCUUGGCCACUUCACCUCACGGCCGAGUGGUGCUUGCAGUGUUUACAUUCCCGGCUGAGCCACCUUCACCCGAAACCCUGAUGCCUCCCCUCUCUCUUCUUCUGCGGGCGCACAGGGAAACGCUGCGCUGGUUUGGCGUGUACGAAGUGCUGCGUGCUGUCUUCUGCAUCGAGACGGAGGAGAGCAUCAGAGACAAAGUGGAGGGAAUCGUCCACCUGUUGGUAUUCUCUGAGGAGGAACUUCUGGACCAAGACAAGCAGAUGCAACAAAAAGAGGAGAUAAAGCCCCUAUGCUGCAUUGAGGAAGAGACGCAGGACUCCGCAUAG